UAUGUGGCUCGUGUAGUAUGAACUAGAACAAGCGUCGUUGUUUAUGAGAAUUUCACGACGGGAUUAAUCAUUCAUCACAACGAAGUGGCGUAGGCUGUGAAAGUUUCUGCUUGAUUCUGUACACAAUUUAUUCGUCUUUUAUAAUAACACUUCGAAUGAGCAUUACUUUCGAAAACAAAGAACUAAUUUAGAAACUUUGUAAAAUUUGCGGGGAGCCAGAACGUUGUAAAACGAAAAACGUUGCGAAAGAUUGCUGUAACGUUCUUAUUUAACCACAACCUUACUACAAUGUUAUAAAAUGUGUGCUAACCCGAUAACUUAUGGCUGAGUUUUUAUGAGGACACAUGAACUGCAAGAGGAGGAUUCCUACGUAAUGUAGCCUACUGUUGUUCUGGAAAAAACGUAGCCAGAGAACAGACCUCCAUACGUCCACAGUUAGGUUGCAUGAGGGAACCAUAGCCAGGGACAGACCUCCAGACAGUUGUGGUGAGUCGGAGAACUUUACACAAAAAGUUUCCCUCUUCGAAAUUAGGUCCCAGGUAUUGAUUGUCAUUAGAAUAGUUAGAUAAUUCGGAAAACACAGUUUUUGGCCUUAUACUUUGUAGUAGACUAGCAUACUUUAGCUUUUUCCCAUUUAGAAAUUUUGAGAAUUUAUUCGGAUAAGAAAUGCUUAAAUAUCUGGCAACCCUGGUUCUGCACAAUCGCGUCCCUCCUCCACGUUUUUCGUGUUCAAAGCACAAGCUUAUCUGACUUAAGUCUAAGGACAAGACGGGUGCCUGAGUUGCUGGCUGACAGGUCGAAGAAAACCAAAAUGGCAGAUUUCCCUGUAAUUAAAGCGGAAGGAAAAUGCGGAGGCAUCGUGAUCAAAGACGAAUGGCCAGGCUACCAUUUAGACCUCUUUACCUUUCCUGAGCAUUACUCUGGGGAUCUAGAGUGUGUCUACCUGCCUCAUGGAAUCAUCAUGGACAGGACGGAGCGUCUGGCCCGGGACAUCAUGGACGACCUCGGGGACCACGACAUCGUGGUGCUGUGCGUGCUGAAGGGCGGCUACCAGUUCUGCGCCGACCUGGUGGAGUACAUCAAGGCCCUGAGCCGCAACUCCAACAAGUCCCUGCUCAUGAGGGUGGACUUCAUCCGGCUCAAGAGCUACCUAAAUGACAAGUCCACAGAGGAUCUACACAUCGUGGGAGCGGAGGACCUCUCUGUUCUGAAUGGGAAGAACGUCUUGAUUGUAGAGGCCAUAGUCGACACUGGCAAGACCAUGAAGGCUCUUCUGAAGCACGUGGAGACCUUCAAGCCCAAGAUGGUCAAGGUCGCCGGGCUGCUGGUGAAGAGGGUGGAGAACGCAGUGGGGAGGUCCCCGGACUACGUAGGGUUUGAAAUUCCGAACCGAUUCGUCGUCGGCUACGCCCUGGACUACAACGAGUAUUUCCGCGACCUGAACCACAUAUGUGUGAUCAGCGAGAGCGGGAAGAUGAAGUACAAGAUCUGAGACGGGGGCCCGGGGACGCCGUCCGGCUGUCCCGCACCGGGAGGUUUGGACCCGUUGCCAUGGACGCAUGUGGCGCCGGUCUGUCGCCAGCACCUGUCAAUCAGCAGGCUCCUCCCCCCCCUUGCCUCUCUCGAUCUCUAUCUCUCCCUCACUGUUUCUCUCUAUCUCUAUCUCUCCCUCUCUGUCUCUCCCUCUCUCUCCCUCUCUCCCUCGCUCUCUCUCUCUCUCUGUUAUUCUGUCAUUGCCAGGUGGGCUAAUCACACACCACAUCCGCAAGCCCGCACCACAAGCUUGCUUUGGUCCUGAAAACUACAAAAAACAAAAACUGUGAAACCUGCCAGCAUUUCUGAAUCCGGUUUACUGAAGCUAUCUAGAUCAGUGAGUUUUAAAGGGGGGGGGGGGUUCCCCAACUCACUUUUUGCCUGGCACUGUUUGUUUUGUGUGGAGGGAUUUAUACAAAAAUGUUUUUGAAAACCGUUUACUCACCUGAUGGACUGAGAAUCCUGGGAAGUCUCUAGCGUCCCGGAGCUGAUCAGCUAACACCGUGUCAUCGACAUGUUUGCAUUGUGAAAUAUGUACUCAUAACUUACUGAUGCUUUGAUCUGUGUGGCUUGAUAAAAUAAUAGCUGUUAAAUGGAAGAUAUCACACAGUUUGCUGCAUUGGAGACAGUGAUGUUUAAUUCAUAGAAAAUUGGUGACAAAUAUGUAAAUGACUACAUAUGUGGAUCUAAUGUUAACGUAUCUAAAGAAUAACAGAAUCGUCACAGGUUUUUACAUUUAUUCAGUAUUGCUCUAGAAAUUUCAUUGUGGGUAUUUUUUUUUUCCCCAGAUAUGGAUUUGCACUAUUUCUAUAUAAUAUUAUUUUGAGGAUAGAUUUAGUGUAAUUACAUCAACAUUUUAAUUGUGUUGUAUUUUAACAGUCUAUGAAAAUAUUUUCAUUUAAAAUGUACUUUAUUGACUGAUAAUCCGAUACUAAGAAUGCAUUACAUUACAUUACAUUUUAUGCAUUUGAUGUGCAGCUAGUAAGCAAGGCUUUGAGGAGGUACGUCAUAUAUUUUAUGAUAUAUUUUUACUGUUCACGGUGGUCUUUUCCGAUUGGUUGCGCACAAAGAAUGCUUGAUGUCCCACUAAAGCCAACCAAUGGGGAGUGUGGUGAUUUGUAUUAUGAUGUCAUAAUCAACAAAUAUCCCCCUCAACUAUGUUCACAUAGCUCAGCUGAGGAAGUGACUGGCAUUCCGCUGUUAAUGAUGCAACAGUAGUUGGAAUACGGGAAGAACAGUAACAAUGUGUUACUUGGAGAAACUUCCUCUAGGUUUUGAUCUUGAGCUCAAGCCUCGCAUUAAAAUUUUUUAAGCCUCUCAUUUUUAAUUUACUGCCAAAUUCUGUGUUUUAUUCCUCCCCGGGAGGUACAGAAAAAAGGGCAGUAAUCGCGACACAUUAGAGCCAUCAGAAAAGCUCCAGUUUUUACAGUUUUAUCAUUUUACUCAUACGCUCAGCUGGUCACACAGCAAAAUAAAUCUCCUACAUCUCUAAGCAAGCAAGCGGCCAAAAAAACGAGUGUUAAAACACUGCAGGUAUCCGGCCAGGGGGCGGGGGGGGGAUUCAGCUUGGUCUCGGCCUGUACCGAAACCCUGCUCUGCACCUGCUCCACCACACCAGCUCCUCCUCUACCCCUCCCUCCUGCUCCACUUUCCCCCCUCCUCCACCACUUUCUCUACUCCUCCAUUUU